GUGGAGGGCCGAUAAGUUCGGAUAACCCUAUGAAGGUUAGGGGUCUGGUUAAAAUCGGGGUUAGCGUAGUAUUCCAGCUACGAAGCAGCUCCAACCCUGUCAAGGAAAACCUUAUCCCUAAACUUUCAGAGACGCACUCGGGCCUGUCCCUCGUCUUCCCAAUCGACACCAAGAAGUAUGGGUAUCCGAGCCCUAAAUGGUAGUGAGCGCUUGAGAACGAUUUGGACACCUGAAAUGGAUGGAUAUUUCAUUUACCUCAUGUUAGAGCAGGUUGGCAAAGGAAAUAGAUUUGAUGAUCAUUUAUUCAGCAAACGAGCAUGGAAGCAUAUGACCUCACUGUUCAAUGCAAAAUUCAAAUUUCAUUAUGAAAAGGAUGUUCUGAAAAAUCGGCACAAAACACUGAGGAAUCUGUACAAGAUUGUUAAGAAUCUCCUUGACCAGAAGGGUUUUAGCUGGGAUGAAAAGCGUCAAAUGGUUACUGCUGAUAAUAAUGUCUGGGAUGAUUAUAUCAAGGUACAUCCAGAUGCACGUUCAUACAGAAUCAAAAGCAUCCCAUGCUAUAGUCAUCUGUGCACGAUAUAUGGAAAUGUAACCACCGAACAGAAAGGUGACAAUGUGCCAGAAUUAUCGUUACCUACAAGUGAGAAUGGAACAAACUCAACCACACAGCCAACAGAUGUUGGUGAAAUCCUGAUUGAUGAAUAUUAUGAUAUCUCUAUAUCAGAAAAAGCUGAUGAAGAAGCUUUACCAAAUGUAAUUGGAACCACUUUGGGUAGCAGGUCCAGGACUUAUUGGCAGCCACCAAUGGACCAUUACUUUAUUGAGCUUAUGCUAGAACAAGUGCGGAAAGGAAACCGGGUUGACGGUGUAUUCACCAAACAGGCAUGGAUGGAGAUGAUUGCGUCAUUCAAUUCUGAAUUUGGAUUCAACUAUGGCAUGGAUAUUCUAAAGAAUCGAUACAAAACUCUGAGAAGGCAAUAUAAUGUCAUUAAAAAUCUUCUUGACUUGGAUGGUUUUGCAUGGGAUGAUACACGCCAGAUGGUGAUUGCUGAUGAUUGUGUCUGGCAAGAUUAUAUCAAGGCACAUACUGAUGCGCGGCAAUUCAUGACUCGACCUGUGCCAUACUAUAAAAAUUUGUGCGUGAUAUGUGAUCCUAGUGCUGAUGAAAAAUACUGCUUUCUGGGUUUAGAGCAGCAAAACGAAGUUGAACAAAUCAAGUUCCUAAAAACGUCAAAUACUUCUCAAUCUGCCAUGUCUGUUUCCAGCGAAGACCAAGUUGAUGAGGAGCAAGAAUCUACACAUGCAGAUCAGAAGAACAAGCGUCAAUUGGAGAACUGCUCAAAUUCUGGUCAUCUUAGAAAAUUACGCCGCAAGGAUGAGAGCAUGGCUAGUGCUAUUCGUGAGAUGGCAAGUGCAGUUUCUUCCCUAUCAGAUAAAAAGAAAGACGAUGAUAACUCAAAUUCUAUCCCAAUAGAGAAUGUGAUUGAAGCAAUCCAAGCGUUACCUGACAUGGAUGAAGACCUUGUAUUGGAUGCAUGCGAUUUCCUAGAGGACGAAAAGAAAGCAAAAACAUUUCUUGCGCUCGACGUUAAGUUACGAAAAAAAUGGUUAUUGAGAAAACUUCGUCCACAGCAACAGGAGUAGGAUUUUUGCAAGUUUUAUUUAAUGCUUAGUACUUUGCCAGAACUUGUUCAUACACAGAUUUUCUACCAGACUAGGCUGCUUGUAUUCUUUAUUAUGGUGAAUACGGAUGAAUACAAAUAAACCACUUUUUGGAUAG